AUGAGAAGCUUCUUCCUCUUCGCUGCGUUCGCUCUCCUGGCGCUGCUCCUCAGUGCGACACCAAUCGCGGGUCUGGAUGAGGAGGAGCUGGUGGCGCCCGAGGUGGAGGUGAAGACGGUCUCGCCAUUGUCGGUCGAUACCGGCUGCAUCAACGAGACGCACAGCUGCCACGAGAAGGCGCGAUGCGUGAUCGGCCUCACCGGCUACGAAUGUCAGUGCCUCAAGGGCUAUGCCGGCGAUGGCUACUCCAUCUGCGCGGACAUUGACGAAUGCGAUCCGAGCCAUCGCAAAUGCCAUCCUCUCGCUGUCUGCACCAAUUUCGAGGGCGGCUUCGAGUGCGCGUGCCCCGAGGGCUACCAGGGCGAUGGUGUGGCCGAGUGCGUGCUUGGGGACCGAGGUACUUUCCGCCCCCGUCCGAUCGACGUUUCUCCGCCCGAGCCGAUCAAGGCCCCCGGCCUCUACCUCGAGCUGCGCGGCGGCGAGUCCAUCUCCAUCGACCAGAAGCAGGCCACGAGCUACAAGGAUCCUGGAUGGAGCGUGUUCAAGGCCGGCGGUGCCCUCGCCGAGGCCGAAGUGUGGUACGAGCUGCCCCAAGAUCUCAACACCGGCCGCGUCGGCACCUACGAAAUCGAGUAUCAAGCGACCGACAAGGAGGGCAACGUGGCCGAGAAGCGCUACCGCAAGGUCGAAGUGACCGACAUCGACGAAUGCGCGCUGGGCGAACACGCCUGCUCGGAGAACGCCGAGUGCAUCAACACGAUCGGCGGCUACGAAUGCGUCUGCAAGGAGGGAUUCGCCGGAGAUGGUUUCAAAUGCCACGAUGUCGACGAGUGCAAGCUCGGUACCCACAACUGCCACGAGAAGGCCAACUGCACCAACACCGUUGGCAGCUACAUCUGUACUUGCCAAGACGGCUAUGAGGGCGACGGCUUCACCUGCGUCGACAUCGACGAGUGCGCCCGCAACACCGCUCAGUGCGACGAGCACGCCACCUGCAUCAACCUCGAGGGCAGCUACGAUUGCGAGUGCGAGAAGGGGUACAAGGGCGACGGCUGGCACUGCGAGGCUAUCGACAGCUGCGAGGAAGGUACUCACGAUUGCGACGAGCACGCCGUCUGCACCAAGACCAACGACACCCCUGAGGGCUACCGCUGCAAGUGCAAGCGCGGCUUCGUCGGCGAUGGACGCAUCUGCGAAGAUAUCAACGAGUGUCUCGAUCCGGAUCUCUACAACUGCCCCGCUCAUUCCCACUGCGUCAAUACCGUCGGUUCGUACCGCUGCGAGUGCGACGAGGGCUUCGAGAAGGCCGAUGACGACUACACAUGCCGUGACAUCGACGAAUGCCUCCUCGAGAUCCACGAGUGCUCGCCUCACGCGAUCUGCACCAACACGAUGGGCUCCUACGAGUGCACGUGCAAGCCUGGCUACGAGGGCAACGGCCGCGUCUGUGCCCCGCUUCAGCCUCCUCUGGACAUUCAACUCGAGGGCGACAAUCCUCUCGUCCUGAACAAGUGCGAGACCUACAACGAGGAAGGCUUCACGCUUACCAACAAGGAGAAGAACCUCAGGGUCACUACCACUAUCCCCUCGGCCCUCACGGCUCCCUUCAUCCAGGACCUCGGUAACUUCACCGUGACCUACACCGUCUACGACGGCAGGGAGAGGCUCGGCGCGAUGGAGAGGCUUGUCGUCGUCAACGCCAUCAACCCUUGCGAACUGCCCGUCGGCCACCGCUGCCGUCACAAGUGCCACCCCUACGCUCAGUGCGUCUUCCUCGGCGGCUCGGACUACGACUGCGAAUGCCGCGAGGGCUUCGACAAGGUGAUCGACCCCAUCACGGGCGAGGUCUACUGCAAGGACAACCAGCCGCCCGUCAUCUUCCUCCAGGGCCAGAACCCGACCAUCCUUCGCGCCUGCCGCGUCUGCCAGUGGUACGACCCGGGAGAGUCCUACAGCGAGGAGAAGCACGGCGGCUUCUUCGCCUACGACAACCUGCCCGACGGCCGCCAGGUCGACCUCACCUCGCGCGUCCGCAUCACCAAUGAGUCGCUCGGCGCCAACGAGUGGGCUCUCUACUACAACGUCGAGGAUGCCGCCGGCAACCAGGCCGAGACCAAGACCCGCAUCGUGAGGAAGGAGGUCGAGGACGUCUUCGAGAAGAUCGCCCGCAUGGAGCAGUUCCUCGAGAGCCGGUUCGAGGACUUCCAGCCCGCCUUCACGACCUACAACGCCCUCUACUCGUACGGCCGCUGGUUCCUCCAGGUCAUCUUCUUCCUCUUCGGCUUCAUCGUCCUCUGGGUGCUGGUGCCGCGUCUGCUCGGCCUCGGCAGGGUCCUCCUCUUCAACCCCAACCCGACCUUCCCCGAAUUCCAGUACGCCUACGACUUCUACUACACCCUCACCCGCCCCUGGUGGAACCAGCAAGAGCGCGAGAAGCAGACCAUGGUCAUGUGGCAAAAGAGGAAGUACGACAAGCACCAGUAA